CCCACACGCAGCAUCAUGCUGUUUGCUUUACGUAGCACUGGGGCUAAGCUCUGGAUCUCAUUGCGCGUCCUCCGAAGGCGACGAGGCUGCGCUCGUUUUUUCCCGUCACUGCUGGCCAGAGCCUAUUACAGCUAAAACCCUGCGUGGUGGCGCUUGGUGCUCUGCAGGUGUAUGGAAGGGCUUCGUUCACGGAUUCUGAAAAGCGAACGUUAUAGAACGCAGCCAGGCGUUUCUUUUCUGUGAAUUAUGUUUGUUUCCCUUCCAAGCGGAUUGUCCGAGUAAAUGGUUGUGAGUAGAUGCGCCUGAAAUAGAAGAGGUCGUGUCGGUGGCAUCUGCAGUCGGGGAGAGAAAAUCUUCGCUGAUCAACACUAUCCCUUGAUCUUGUUUGUCUGCAUCCUCUCUCUGGCUGUGAAUGGGCUGCGCUUUGUGAUUAUCUGCAGUCGCUUCAGAGUCGUCGCUGGAAGAAGAUGGCGGACAGGGCUGAGAUGUUUUCGCUCUCCACCUUCCAUUCCCUCUCUCCUCCAGGCUGCAGGCCAGCCCACGACAUCAGCCUGGAGGAGUUUGACGACGAGGACCUGUCGGAGAUCACGGACGACUGCGGGAUCGGCCUGAACUACGACUCCGACCCGUACGAGAAGGACUGUCUGAUCCUGGAGAAGAACGACGUCCACCAGCCCAUCUGCUCCUUCCAGGACGACUUCCAGGAGUUUGAGAUGAUCGACGAUGACGAAGAGGACGAUGGCGACGACGACGACGAAGACGAAGAGGAGGAGGUGGAUCCCGAGGCCCCUCCCUCUCCGUCGGCCUCCCCGCCCCCGUCUCCGACUUUGAGCACUCUGCAGAAGAUCCGGCCGACCACGCUGAAUCUCACCACCACCGUCUCCCAGGAUUCAUUGAAUAACAACAGCAGUUUCUCUCCGCGGAAUUCCAGCUGGCAGGACUCUCUGCGCAAUCCAAAUUCACAUGGACGUUUGUCUCCAACUCAUUCUUGCCUUGAAGAUAGCACCCAUCAGAACGGCCAGUGCAUGGCUGCACCGCUCGCUGGCUCACAAAGCAAAGGUACACCCCUAAAACAGUCCGGGGACACUGGGCACACCCAGUCGCCACUCAAGCCCCUCCUGUACGACUUUGAGGGCAACAGACGGGAAAGGCCGGAAUACGGUAAAAAAACGCCAGACCCUCCCAUGGAAGACCAUAACAUGAACAUCCUCUCUUCACCGCCAUCUCCACUCUAUUCCCCAUUCUCUGCCAACUGGGUGUCUCCUAAACAGUAUCUCUCCUCUGCAGGGUCUUUUGGUCAACAUAAAACGUCCUGCAGCUCAGAUGCUGGAGCGGUGCCCAGCGCUGAGGCUGGCAGCCCGGGUGCAACCAUCCAGGCUGCGGACGAAGUGUCGCAGUGCUCCGACACGGAGGUUGACCAUGACCUGAACAGUGACUAUGGCAAACGGUGCCGGUCUAGACUGGCUAAUGACACGUACACGGUCACCACCGAUUCCGCCCUCGACCCCGAGCUAGAGAACGAGAUCACCUUCGACUGCACCAGCAGGUGUCUCUCCUCCACUGCGCCAGCAGAUGGCGACGCCGCCACCCCGCUGUCGGACGAGGAGCUCGACAGAGAGUUUGACGUCGACAUUAUGAGCAAAGAGAGCUACGACUCCCUGUGCAAAGAAGCAGAGGGUUCGUCCUACGUGGAGUUCCCUCCCAUUGAACCCUGUGAGCCGGCUCCCUUCUCCAGCCAUGUGUCUUUAUGCAGUCAGUCCGACGAGGAUUUUGAACUUGCCCAGGAAGACCAGCACUCAGGUUCUCAGAGUCGAUCAUCUGCCGCCUCCAUUGAAACAAACUCCCCUUCCUCUGACCCAGGCAUCGCCGACAUGAACAAUAAGGUUUGUGAGCAGUACAUGGCGUCCGACCACAACAGCAACGACAUCAGCUCUUCGGUCUCAGAUUCGGACAGCGAGGGAGAGCUGGAGGCCGCGUUCGUCUGCGCGGGCAACAUGCCCAGCCACAUGAUCUCCUCCAUCUCGGAGACGGAGCUGGACAUGACCAGUGACAGCAGCAGCAGCGGCCGCUCCUCUCACCUCACCAACUCUAUCGAGGAGGCCAGCUCGCCCACGUCUGACCCAGAGCUGGAGGGGGAGCUGGAGCAGGACAGCGGGAUUGUGGCUGUCAAGGCCUCCCUGCUCCGUGGCCAGCCUGAUCCAAUCAAGGAGGAGGCCUCGCCUGCCUCGGAGCCGGAGGAUGACAGGCAGGCCCUGGCAGGCCUGCGGAGUGUUGUCGAUGCCUCUUAUGAGCACACAGCUGACCCUGACGAAACACUCCCGCCCCCAGGCCGCUGUGAAGACGACCUCUCCCGGCCGCCUGACCUGAAGAUAGAACCUGACCACAGCCUGGAGAGCUUCAAGAGGUCCUUCUACCUGCCUGUGGGGCCCAAGCUCAUGCCCGCUGUGGACGACUAUGAUGGCAACAGCGAGGGCGACUCCGAGUCGGAGUCGGAAGACGAGCUGAGUGAGAAUUCGGACUCCCCCUGGCUUCUCUGCAACCUCGUCAACAAAAUGAUCUCUGAGGGCUCGUACCCCAUCAGCUGCCCGGAGGAGUGCUUUAAACGGUCUGCCUCCAUCUCAGAUACCAUCUCCCCAUCCUCACCUGGAGACCUGGAGAUGGACGCUUUUAAGGAACCUGUGGACAGCCGGCCACAAACACUUGAAUCAAAGGGUGACGUGCAGGGAGAGAGCGCAGAGGAGACCAAUAAAGACUCAAGUCUCAGACCUGGAGAUGGUGGCAAAGAGGUCCCCUUAGCCAAAGACAACAACAUGAGCCCUGAAAGCAAAACAGAUUCUCUUAGAAGCACCCAGGGAUCAGGUUUAUGUCUGUACCUGGACAAUCCCACUAAUGACACAAUCACCCCUGUCUUCAUGGAUCAAUACAGCAGCAGGAUGGCAAAGCAGGCAUCCCAUGUACCAAACUCAGAUCAAGCUCAUCCCAAAGACUCAGAAAGCUCUCACGUUCAUUCGCCAGUCAAACCACAGAGGGAGGAGAAGGCCGAGCCCAAUAACGACCUAUUGAUGGGAACCAAGGAGUCUCCAUGCCUAAGUGAGAGCGUGGUGAGCGACAAAGAUGGCGAGUUUGAGCGGAAGGAUGAAGCCCAUGAAGCCAACCGCAUGGCGGAGGUGAAGAACAGCCUGACCCUGCACAUCCCCACUGCCCAGACCAACCGCUGCUUCAACCUCGCCUUCUCCACUGACAACGACGAGGACACCUUCCCCUUCAGCGAAGACUACCCGGACAGCUCGCUGCCCAUCGAUGAGAGCGUGGCGGAGCUGCCGCCCGCCGACACACUCCGGGCCCGCCACUUGGACGACUCCCUGGCCUACGAUGCCGUCAAGUACACGCUGGUGGUGGACGAGAACACCACACUGGAGCUGGUCAGCCUGAAGCGCUGCACGUCCGUGCUGAGCGAGGACAGCGAGAUCUCCACGCUCUGCGACGACGCGCCCCUGGACCUCGACGACGAGUUUGGCCGAGCCGGGACACAGCCGGAGGAUGAGCUCCUCAGCUCCUCCGAAGACUCCUCCCCCGAGGCCGACGCCCAGUUCUCCAAGAAGUUCCUCAAUGUCUUCGUCAACAGCACCUCCCGCUCCUCCAGUACAGAGUCGUUUGGCCUUUUCUCCUGCACGAUCAACGGAGAGGAGCGGGAGCAGACGCACAGAGCUGUGUUCAGGUUCAUCCCCCGCCACACGGACGAGCUGGAGCUGGACGUGGACGACCCCCUGUUCGUGGAGGAAGAGGAGGAUGACUACUGGUACAGAGGCUACAACAUGCGCACGGGCGAGAGGGGCAUCUUCCCCGCCUACUACGCCCAUGAGGUUGUGGGACAGGUCAAGGAGUUUAUGGGGAUGAAGAGGAGCACGGCCUGGCUGGAAAGCUUCAGUGUGCAGUUUCUGGGCUCGGUGGAGGUGCCCUUUCACCAGGGCAACGGAAUCCUGUGCGCUGCGAUGCAGAAGAUCGCCAUCUCGCGGAAGCAGACGGUGCACCUGCAGCCCCCAGCACUCUGCGACCUGGAGAUCAACAUGCAGGGUAUCAAGCUGGUCAUGAGCCUGGACGACGAUUACGGCACCGCCGACGAGUUUGACAGGUGUAGUCACUUCUUCCAGAUGAAGAACAUCUCCUUCUGCGGGUGCCACCCCAAGAACAACUGCUACUUCGGCUUCAUCACCAAGCACCCCAUGCUGAACCGGUUCGCCUGUCACGUGUUCGUAUCCCAGGAGUCCAUGCGGCGCGUGGCGGAAUGUGUGGGGCGGGCCUUCCAGGAGUACUACCAGGAACACCUGGAGUAUGCCUGUCCCACAGAGGAUAUCUACCUGGAGUAGGCGAGACCCCUGUUCUUCGUGGCUCCACAAGGGGGCGCCAAGUAGCUUUUCUCUUCUGUAAAAUACCUUCUCUCUGAACUGAGAUGCUCUUUACAGUUUUGACUUUUCCUUUUUCCCAGUUCUUUUUUUUUUCUUCUGACUUUGAGAACUCCUCAGAUGGAAUGUCCAUUUGUUUGACAUUUUUUCUACAAGAAAAAAGCACGGAACAUGGGGUGACUGAGGAGCUGCUUGUGAAGACAAAUUUCAUUCUUCAGUUUGAACAUGGCAGAAAAAUAACGACAACAUAUGUACAUGUUUGACAUCCAUGCAUGGCUUUAAGGGUCCCGCACACAGACACAGGAAAAAAGGAAAACAAAAAAAAAUUAAUGAUGUGGUGAUUUAUAAGGAUUAUAAGAUUGAAAUACGCUUUGUAUUAUGGUUAUGGAUGAAGAGAGCAUUUUAAAAGUUGCGGGAGUCUGUACAUAUGAAUUUGUUCAAUGUCAAACAGAUUUGAUUUCUACUGAACCUGAUAUUUGAGUGAUGUAGAUUGUAAGUGCCGCUAACUGUCGUCUAUUGGCCAGCUUCACUGGAGGGGAGGAGCCUUUGAACAGGAUAUCCAGUUUUCUGUAGCCUUCCCUACUGUACAUAGAUGUACAGACAGAGUAGAACAUAGGGGAAGCUCUUAGAUAAUGUCAGUAGCUGAUGGUCUCUCAGUCAACCCGAGGUCAAAAGAAAGAAGGAUUGUGUGAAGUUUCGUUCCCUGUCAGAUGCAGAGAGUUCUGAAAAAAGCACAGCACUUGUAAAUAGGGAUCCUUUCCAACUGCGGAAAUCGUUGGCGUCUCUGUGUGAUAAUUUUGCUGGGUGUUGCUGGGCACGGGCGGGAUUGGAGGUUCUCAGUCCCCACUGGGACCCCUGGAGGAAGGCCUCGGUGUUCUCUCGCUCAUGGACCACCUCUGUGCGCAGUCUUUCCCAGUCCUAAUCGGGAAAUACGACAUCACUUCCUUUCAGUCAUGGGGUUUACAGUACUCUUUGGUUAGAAAAAGAGCUGAUUGGACAGUGGCAAUGGCUGCAACUCAUGUGUCACAUCAAUAUUACAAAAACAGUGAAAGUCAUAUAGGAAUGAUAAAGCUCAAGUGAUGGGCAACACCAUGGCAACCAUCUUCAUUUCCUUGCUUAUUUCAGGACAUUGAUACCUGAUUUUUGUGGUCAAGUGGAUUCUGGGAUAUCGCAGCUUUUCUAAACGAUUCCUGUAUGCAGAGUGGUUAUGCGAGUUACAAGAGAUGUGAUUACAUGGCCUCAGUGUAGAUACUUUUCUGUACUGCAUGUUUUAAUGUGAAAAAAAAAAUGUUGACUGUGAUCCAGUAUGAUCCAGAGGCUUUUUCCCUGUUACUUUUCCUAUGAAAUGCUCUAAAUAUGUUCAGAAUUCACUGAAUAUGUUCAGCAAGGCCCCCCAAAGCAGGAUGCCAUGGUAACUCAAAUGACUGUUUGACAAAACCUUUAAUGCAACUAUGCUCUGCCAGUGGCGGAAAGGAUUGGUCUUCUCUGAAAAAACCCUGAAGGGCUUUGACCGCUCGCGAUCAAGGCUAAAUGAAGAGAGAGAGAUUGGCCAUCAUCAUCUCCAGUGCUGUGUCACAUAUGCACUAUCGCUGACAACAAUUUCUGCCAUAGUCACUAGCCAUGGAGUCCACGAUAAACCACAGACAACAGGACAUCAGAAACAAUUGUAUAGGAAAAUAAGGUCCUCUAAAGAGAUGCAUAACUGUUCAUUUCCUGAAUGAUAGUACAUACUCUGAAACUUAAAUGAAUGGUAAAUGAUCAGGAGGCCCAUAUGUAUAAGAAGACUCAGAAUGCACUAGAUUCUCACUCGUAUACAUGCUCCCCUAAAGGUCAAAAUGCGAAGGAAAGCAAGUGUAUCCUCUAUCUUUCCAACUAUAUCCAGCUAUCGCACGUGGAUAUAGUUGGAAACAGAUGUUUCCACAGCCCUGUGACAUGACAGCAUUGAGGAGUGGGAGAAUCAUGAGCAAAAGGUUUGUAUGGCAGCGUUUAGUAUGGUUUAGUCUGCCAUCGCAAGGCGCUGCCGGGGCGUGUGGAACUACAGAAUAACCGAGCACCCACUCUGCAGUCUGCUGAUCACUGUCUCAGUGCAAACCUACUGCAGACCCAUUCAAGGGCCCAGACCUACCUUUGCCCCAACAGAAUCACAUGACAAGUGUACGCUGGUUACAUUUACUGUGCUCUCUGCUCCACUGUCCUUGGUAUGACCUUCAUGCAUUUCUGGAUGUCAUAACAACAAUAGCAAGAUGGGUAUUUAUGAGGAGGUAUAAGUGAAAUAUUUAGUGGAACCUGUGUAAUGGUAUCUAAACCCAAACUGUGCAUUUUGCCAUUUAUUAAAAUAGAUUAGGCUUCCCUUUGUGAACUCCUUUGGUCAUCUCUGCUUAUGAUUGCCAGCAAGCUUAUGAAAGUUAAGUGAAGGUUAAUUUAUAUCUAAUGUCCUUAGAAAAUUAGGCUUCUGGGGAUUUCCAAAAUAAGAUAAAGAAAAGUGACCAGGUUGGAGGCUAAGUCGUUUCAUUAGUUAUAUGUGCAAGGCUUUGGCUAGCCUCUUAUAAAGAUGACUUUUUAAAAUCUAUUUAUUCACCUUAAUAUUUGUAAAUAGGAAUCAGGCAGCAGAAUUUGAUGGAUAAUUGAAUUAAUCCAGAGAUCAGACAUGAUUGCAUAAGACUGAAAAUACUCAGUAAGGGAUUAUAAUGAUAUACUGACAGCACUCCAAUAAAGGGUCAAUCUGUAAUAGAAUGGCAUGUAUUUGCAGCCAUAAUAUAACAAUGUACUAAGCAUUGGCAUACUCUAGCAACAUGAUAUAUCUAAAAAGAAGCCUUGAUCAUAGCAGUAACAGUAGUUUCAGGAAAGACUAUGGCUGAUUUUGCCCAUCAUAAUACAGUUAAUCUUAUAAUUUUAAUCUCCGAUCUAACGUGAAGCAUGAACCAUUGUUCAUGUGCAUUCCAGUCAGUGGAAAUCUGACUCUCGGUUGCUCUUUCAAAUACAGUAUGAUAAAAGAUACUGUUAUUGUAUCCGGUUGGAAAUCUCAUACAGGACCAUUGUGGCAUAUUGAACACGGAGCUUAAAGGCCUGGUAAACAGACGGAAUAAGGAAUAUCCCCAUUCCCCAUGGUACUUCCAUGGUAACCAGUAGUUGUGAGCGGAAGUUCAUAUGUGACAGUAAUAUUAAUGUGUGUGUGUGUUGGGGUGGGGGUGGGGGUGGGGGU